UGAGCAUUUAGAAUCAAGAGCAAGUCGGUUGAUCCAACUUCCAAUUACCCAAAACGACCCGUUUCAAACAGGUGAAAAGUAUAAAUACCCCAAGAAAACCAGAAAUCUUACCAAACUAAACGAUAGCUGCGUUCACUCGGUUCAGUGAGAUCAACAUCAUCCCAAUGUCGUCGUCGUCUGGAUCUUGGAACAGCACCAAGGCAUGGAUCGUUCACGGAAUCGUCGCCGGAGUUGCGGUUGCGGCGGCAAUUGGGGCCCGGGCCUACUUGGGUCCGACUAGGAAGUUCCGGAGCCGGGUAGUCGGCAUUAUACCCGCCCGCUUCGCUUCUUCUCGUUUCCAGGGCAAGCCCCUCGUUCAGAUCCUCGGCAAACCCAUGAUUCAGAGAACAUGGGAAAGGGCAAAACUAGCAAGUACAUUGGAUCAUGUUGUUGUGGCAACAGAUGAUGAGAAGAUUCGAGAAUGUUGUCGCAGUUUUGGAGCUGAUGUCAUAAUGACCUCGGAAUCCUGCCGGAACGGUACCGAGCGUUGUUCUGAAGCAAUUGAGAAGCUCGAGAAGAAGUAUGAUAUAGUUGUCAAUAUUCAGGGGGAUGAACCUCUUAUUGAACCUGAGAUAAUAGAUGGAAUUGUUAAAGCUUUGCAGGCAGCUCCAGAUGCAGUGUUUAGCACUGCCGUCACGUCAUUAAAACUUGAAGAUGCAAUGGAUCCAAAUCGAGUGAAAUGUGUGGUGAAUAAUAGUGGUUAUGCCAUCUACUUUUCAAGGGGGUUGAUUCCAUUUAACAAGUCAGGAAAGGCCAAUCCACAGUUUCCCUAUUUGCUUCAUCUUGGAAUUCAGAGCUAUGAUACAAAGUUUCUAAAGAUAUAUCCAGAACUUCAACCUACUCCUUUGCAACUAGAAGAGGAUCUGGAGCAGCUUAAGGUCCUUGAAAAUGGGUAUAAGAUGAAGGUGAUUAAGGUCGACCAUGAGGCUCACGGUGUUGACACCCCAGAAGAUGUUGAAAAGAUUGAAUCUCUGAUGUGCGAAAGGAACCUGUCUUAGGAGUUGUAGUUUGCAGCAGUAUCAGACCAUGGGAAAAAGAGUAUGUCUUCCGUAGACUCGUAAUUAUUGUGAUUAUAGUUAAGUUUUCUAAGGGGUUUGCCGUGGCAUGCUGCCGGGUUUGUGCAAAUUUAUUUGUAUAUUAAGGUGGGACGGGACAGAACGGAGUGGGACGAGGCGUUCCGUCCCACGUUUGGUGCGCCUAAAACGGGUGGAACGCGCUGUUCUACGGGACAAGUUUUGGGUGAAUUUUCAUUCCGCCUCACCUUCCUGGAACGACUCGUUCCACAUCCGUGGAACACAAAAUUAUAACCUCUUUGUUUCUUUCUUCUUCCUCCUUGUUUCCAUCCGAAGGCAUCUUUGCUCCCUCUUUGUUCCGUCCCGUGCCGUCUUGUCCCGUUCCAUUUCGUCCCGUCCCAUCUGCAUACCAAACGAUACCUAAGAGUGAUUUAUUUCCAGUCCAGCCAUUCCUUGUAGAUCUGUUUCUCUUCCACUGACGAUUUGGUAUACAUAUCCGAAAGUUUAGAAUUCUCUA